AUUUCACACACACACAAACAGUUUGUAAAUUUUAAGUUGCAGCGAUGAAAGGGAUGAAGCCAUUAAAGCAGCUAAAGCUCUCUGUUCCUGCUCAAGAUGCCCCUAUCACUAGCUUCUUGACAGCAAGUGGGACAUUUCAUGAUGGGGAUUUACUUCUGAAUAUGAAAGGAUUAAGACUUGCAUCUGACGAUAAGGAGAAUAGUCCGGCUGUUGCCAAGGAGAUCGAUCUGCAAUUUUCGUUGGAAGACCUUGAGACCGUCCAAGUCAUUGGAAAAGGAAGUGGAGGUGUUGUUCAGUUGGUUCGACAUAAAUGGGUCGGGACAUUGUUUGCUUUGAAGGUAAUCCAGAUGAACAUACAAGAGGAAAUACGUAAACAGAUUGUGCAAGAGCUGAAAAUCAAUCAAGCAUCUCAAUGUCCUCAUAUAGUUGUUUGCUACCACUCUUUCUAUCACAAUGGUACCAUCUCUCUGGUGUUUGAAUAUAUGGACCGUGGAUCUUUAACAGAUGUUAUUAGACAACUCAAGACAAUUCUUGAACCAUAUCUUGCAGUUCUUUGCAAACAGGUAUUGCAGGGCCUUGUGUAUUUGCACCAUGAUAGACAUGUAAUCCAUAGGGACAUAAAGCCAUCUAACUUACUCGUAAACCGAAAGGGUGAAGUUAAGAUUACAGACUUUGGCGUAAGUGCAAUGCUUGCUAGCUCCAUGGGUCAACGAGAUACAUUUGUUGGAACAUACAAUUAUAUGUCGCCGGAACGAAUUAGUGGGAAGACCUAUGAUUAUAAAAGUGACAUCUGGAGUUUGGGCCUAGUGAUUCUUGAGUGUGCCAUAGGACGAUUUCCAUUCAUACAAUCUGAAGAUCAGCAAAGCUGGCCAAGUUUUUAUGAGCUCUUAGACGCCAUCGUCACAAAGCCACCACCUACAGCUCCAACAGAUCAAUUUUCUCCAGAAUUCUGCUCAUUUAUCUCUUCCUGCAUACAGAAAGAUCCAAAAGAGAGAUCAUCGGCUCUAGAUCUUUUGAGUCACCCAUUCAUCAAGAAGUUUGAGGACAAAGAUAUUGAUCUUGCAAUUCUGGUAAGUUGCUUGGAGUCACCUAUAAACUUUUCAAAAUGAAUUGUAUUGUAAUGAGAUUUCAUUGUAUAAUGUAUCAACUAAAUAUGUACUUUUGGUCUUUAUUUUUGUGUGAUAUGAUUACAACUAAUGAGUAUUGGUCUUUGAGAUGGAUUGGUGCUGUAUGCACAACUUGGUUGGGAGUUUGGUUGAUUGAAUGGUUAAGAAGUUGGUAUAAGUCAUGUAUAGGAGUAGAUGUUUGCAGAAUUAAAAUUGAAAGUUUUUGGUGUUAUACACUAUUUGUCCAAUGAUUACAGUGGGGAUAUACAAUUCUUUGUAUUUUGGAUCAUGUUGGGUCAAUGGAUUAGUGGUGACAUACAAUGCUUUACAUUUAGGCAUGGCUGUUACAGAUUAUGGUUUGGAUUGCUGGUUCAGGUUGCUAUCAGAGGAGUACACUUUUGUAUUUUCUGCUUGUUUAUUUGUAUGCCUGGUACCCCUUUUAUUAUUUUCUGCAAAAGUUACUUUGAGUUUGGUAAAGGGAAUGUGUGUGCAGGGUCAAUUUUUGUUUGAGUUGUGGGAUGUUUGGGGUAACAUUGGUAUUAAAGUGGAUAUGUUCACUCCUAAUUCACUGCAAGGGUAACUGAAAGUGGUUUUUUUGUCUUAUAAUGGUCUAUUUUUGGUACUUCCGUACUGGCUCGGUCUGAGUGUCGGCCAUUUUUAUUAUAUUUUUGGGUUACAGUUGAUGGUUCCUGGGAGUUAGAAUGAACUAGUGGUAUACGUAUUUGUUGGUUGGGUCGGUUGAAGGACUGGUUGUGGCAUGUGUUUUAGCUGGAAGUUGGUGUACCAUUGGGAAGUUGGUUUUUGGUUGGGUUGUACUGUUGAUCAGAUGUUAGGCUACAAUCGUACAGAAAUGAGUUGGGUUGGCCAAUCUUAUAGAGAGAUUAAUCAAAUGAUGGACAAAUGGUAUUGGUUGGAUUAAUUUGGUUGACUUAUUAGUUGUGCUAGGAUGAAAAUUGCAAACACAGCAAUUUGCAUUAUUAGUAGAAUGGGGUGAGCUUAGCUCAAUGGUUGAAAGACCAUCCUCAUGAGGUGUGGGUAUAUCCAGGGGUAGGGUUUACUCAUUUUAAAUGCCGUGCCUUCGGACGGAUUAGUAGGGGUUUUUUCCCCAUCGGGUAUUUGCCAUAGACAUUUUUCCUUAGAGGGAGCUGUUUAGCGUGAACUCGGUUAAGACAACGUAUGCUAGACUUGCCGUUGUCGAAUUCUGACACGAAGUUUGUAGCGAAAUUAACCUUAAAAAAAAUAGAAUGGGUUAUAUUUGUAAAUCAUUGUAUUGUGGUCAGUGAAUUAUAAGGACUAGCAGCAGUGGAUUUAUUGGGUGGAAUUUGGUUGGACUCAAAUCAGACUUUGACAAUUGACAGUAGGGUUAUUGUUAGUAGACUUGGGCUGCAAGCCCGUUAAAGACUUCAUUGUAGUUCAAAGUGAAAUUAUAUAUAUAAUACUAAGAACCAACUUAUUUUGUACAA